AAUCAGAGUCGCUCUUUCAGACUUAAUCUGUGGAAAAGAAAGCGGUGAAUUCAACGUAAACACUUCUUUGAAAAUCACGAAGAAUGUUACUUUUCGACCCAUGAGCAUAGCAUAGUCUUCAGGUAUUGUCAUAAGAGUUGCCGAAAUAGACUGCUAAGGAUGUCAACAGAAAGUGAUGGCUAUGGUGCUUCAGAUAAUGGGAGUGUGCUAAAUGCAAGACGUUAUCCACUGGCCAGGAGAGGGCGCUCUAGACCUUCAUCCAAUUCUGACGUUGCUGAGAGAGUUGACACAUUGGCAUCUUCAUUAAGAGAUACCAACAGAAAUCUCCAAGAGGUUGGUGAUCUGUUAGGACAGUACAGAAGUGUCAGUAGUCAACAGACCGAUGCAAUUGACAGGUUGAGGGCAAACCUCAAUCAACGUGAUUCCCAACUGAGUAGAGAUCGCUCUGACAGAUAUACAAGACAUGAGUCUGACACUAUGUCAGCAAGUGAACUAAGAUCUGACUCCAGGCAUAGAAGAUCAGCUUCUGUAACACAAACGAGGAAGACAAGGCCAUCUGUCCGAUUUAGUCAAAAUGCUGAUGAGGUCCAUGAGAUUCACCGCGAUAUCCGGGAUUUGGGCCAAGACCAGGCCAGAUUAGCAGAACAGCUCAGUCACGAGAGAAAUCGACGUGACCAGGUCGAGUCGGAAAACAGGAAACUUCUUCUUGACCUCUCAGAUUCUGUGAAGCGGACAGAGCGGCAGGAUAGCAAGCCAUCAGAGAGAGUUGAGAAGCGUCUGAGAGAUCUACAGGAGGAGCUACGGUUGCAACGUGAAUCAGUUUCUAGGAAAUUCAAGAGCACAGAUGACAGAGAUUCUAUCAAAAAAGAGAUAAGAGAGACGCUACUGAAUGUGAGUCGUGAGGAGGAUCGGGAGCUAAGAUCAAGGCUGGUUCAGGUGGAGGCUGAGAAACAGAAGAUGGCAUCGGAGCUGGAGAGUACCAAGAGAAAACUUGACCAAUCACAUGGAAGCUCAUCCGUUCUACAGCAACAUAUGGAAUCGCUACGGAAGGAUCUCGCUCGCUCUGAUGAAGACAGACACCAUCUCAAGAGCCAGCUGACGCAGAUGAGGAACUCAUUCCAUGAAGACGACUAUCCUGUGCCCAGGAGAGAGAGGCAACAGAGGGUUCACGAAGAUGGAGAUGAUAUUAGAGAAAGGAGUAAAUUGGAAAGGGAGAUUCAUAGUUUAAGAGCCCAGCUGAGCCAAGCCAGUAGUCUAAGGGAGUAUGAUGAACAGAGGAAAGAGCUGGACAGAAGUAGAAGACAGAAUGAACAGUUAUCUGAACAUAUUGAUACUCUCAACCAAGAACUAGAUGGGAAGGAUAGGAAGCAAGGAAAAUUGCUAGCCCAGUUGAAGGAUGCCACAGAUAGUCUAGCAGAAAGUGAGCACCAACGCCGACAGGCCCUGGACCAGCUACGAGACCUGGAGGAGAGGCUGAGACUGAAAAGCAGUGAGAGCGAGGCUAGCAUCAAGAGGGCCAGAGAGAGUGAGAGAUUGCUGACAGAGAACCAAGGAAAGACGGAAGACAGGCAGAGGAAGCUACUUGAUAUGGUGAAACACCUGAAAUCAAAAUGUAGGAAGUUGGAGAGAGAUCAUGAAUCCAGCAGGCUUAGCUCAUCCCAACACCAAGAAAGAGCAGAGGAAUUGCUGAAAGAAAAUGAGACGCUAAAUAUGCACAAAACAAACAUGACCCACCGGAUGGAAAAUCUACAAAGGGAAAUUGCAGACAUCUUGGAAAAGUUAGCGAGGCAAGAUGAACAGCUGAGGUUAAAGGACAUUGAGGUGAAUGAACUGAAGUCUUCCUGUAUGAAACUAGACCAAGAACUCAGGGACAAUAGGAAUCUAACAGACAGGUUGGAGGGAGAGUUAAAUGGAGAACAAUCAAGACUUAUGAUGGUCAGCAAUGAAAAGCUGAAAGUGGAACAGCAGCUUGAUUCAGCUAAAGCCAUGUUACAUGAUGCUCAAGGGCAGAAUCAGAGAAUACAGAAAGAAUUGCGUGACAUUACCAAGCAGAAUGCUGAACUAACCUCUCAGGUAUCUGACCUGAACACUCGGAAAAAGGAAGUAGAAAGACAGCUUGCCGUUGCUGAAGAUGAGAAACAAAACAUCAAGCAGGACCUCAAAAAGUUGGAUAAAAAGUUUCAAGAGGUCCAAGAUUUCAAUGCAGCCCUGACAGAGAAGCUACACACUGAAAUGGAAACAGCAAAGGUUAAUGAAGGGAAGGUGGCUCAUGAUCUGAUGCGGAAAAUGAAGUGUGAAAAAGCCGAGUCAGAAGCGGAGAUCCAGGCUCUCAAGAUUGAAUCAGCGGAGGCGAGAUCAUUGACAAAGUCCCUCCGUCGUCAGGUGGAGAGAGGAGUCAGUGAGAUGGAGAAGAUGCGGGGAGAGAUUCAUCACCUCGACGAUGAGAACCUCAAACUGAGGAGAAACUUUGACAGGAUCAGAGCUGGGUUUGAGGAGCAAGCCCAGCUUGUGGAGGUCGGGGAUAACAGAUCCUCGGCGUUAGAGAAGCAUUUACAGAGAGCUGAGCUAGCCAUCCAGAACCUCCGAACUGACCGUGAGAAUGAUAUCAGGGGUGUGGUCAGGGAGGUAGACAUCCUUGUUGGUUUGGUCACGGAGAAUGGUGAUGAUGAUGAUGAUGACCAUGCGCCCUUACCGUUCUCAAGAUCCCAUGGCUCUCCAGAUGCCCUGCUUGCUGAUCUCAAGAGCAAGCUGCACUGGCUACAGCAGGAAGUACGUAAACAGGCCGACCGUCGGAAGAGACUUAAAACGAACCUCAAUCGUAGCCGGUCAGAGCUGACCGACCUCCAGAGAGAUUACCUGUCUGAUAAGUACGUUUAUGAGACACAGUUAGGCAGAACAGAGGACAUGAUACGAGAUCUGCAGUAUGAGAAGCAAGAUUUGCAAUUACAGAACCUUGAGAGAGUCCAUACAGUGAAAUCAUUGGAGAAGCAAGUAGAUAACAUGGAAGAACAUAUCAGAGAGGGAGCUAAGAUUCUGGAUAGAUCUAUUGAGCAAUUGACGGAGCCAGAUCAUUUACCCCCUCCACCUCGUCCUUCUUCAUCCUCCUACUCAGAGUUUGAUAGACUGAAGGAACUUGAUAAAGAAAGGCAGCGUAUUGAGGAAAAAUACAAUAGAUAUCAGAGUACAGUAGCCCAACUCCAUCAGCAGCUAGACGAGUCCAAGAAUUUCAUAAGUAGUCCACCAUCAAAGAGAGAGCACAGUAGAUCAGCAAGAGGACAUGACCUUUGACACUAGUUUUAUGAAAAUAGUGUUCUGGGUAACAGGUACAUUUUGUCAAGGUGACACAAUAUUUAUUCCUGCGACAAUUGCUCUGGGCUUUAUUUUGUCUAAGAAAUAGUGUUUGGUUUCAAUAGGGAUUUUAAACUAAGUUUAAGGUUAGGUUUAGGAUAAGGUAUAGAGUUAAAUCUAGGUUUGGAUUUGGUCAUUCCAUUAGUGUGUAGGAUUUAUUUAUGGCAGAGCAAUUAUCGCCAGAGCAAAUGUCAUGGAACCGUUGUCAAGGAUUUAAAUACAAGAUAUUCAAAAGAGUAACAAUGUAAAUGUCAAAAUGUGAUAUUCACUUGAAAAAUUACCUGCCAUUUUGAUGAACUUGUGUGAUGAAUCAUAAUAUUUAUCCAUUAUGUGUAUCUGAAAUUUUUUGUAUGAAUACAUGUAACUCAGGGUUGCCAUAUGUCAGGCAUAAGCAUGAAUUUAAGCCCUUGCAAAGUUAUUUUCAGGCAAUAAGAAAUUGCUCUUUUUGUCUAUACAAGCCCUUUCUAGAUACCGGUAGUCAUUUGUACACGACACACUUAUUUUUACUGGUCUCUGAUUUCAGCAACUGGUGAAUGGCAUUUAUGACUAUGUUGAAGUGCCAGUUUCAAACAUAAAAAAUAAUGAAUAUAAACAGUGAUGCAGUUCAUUGUUGCUCUAUGCAGAUUACAAAUUUGACAUGGUAAACUGACUUUAUUUUUCAUUAAAACAGUAUUCAGAGCUGCCAAUUUUUAUGAAUUUUAAGUGGGAAAGUGAUAUUGAAUAGGAUUUUCUACCUAGAAAGUUUUUUUUUUCAAUUUGCAAAAAUGAUGAUUU